AUGUCGAAUUUGGAUGGAAGAAAAACAAAAAGCUUGAACAACAUCCCUGAAGUGUUCAAACGGCGCGAUCAUGAUGAGUCGAAAGUUUUAUCGAAAGUUUCUUUGGAAAACGUAACCAGCGAACGAUUUAAGACUUUAAACGAGAGACGAAAGGACGUUUCUCCUUUUACUGUUCCAAAGCUCGAAGUCAUAAAACAAAGUGACAACGAUGAAUCGAGUAACACCGAGGAUGAAGCGAACGAGGAGAAAGGAUUGAAAAAGCCAGAAUAUUUUUUUAUUUCAUUCCUUUCCGGUCAGCUCGAUUUUUCAAAUGUAAGUUUGAAGAAACAGAAACGGAUUCUAUCGAUAAUUGACAGUUUUCUGUCGCUCGUUCUAAUUACUCCGAUGACCAUCAGUUUUUGGAGAGGGACGUGGACCUUGAUGGAUAUCUAUGCAGAUAUGUUCCCGGAAUUGUUCACGUUCCUCUUGGGUAUUCUAAUACACACGUGUUUUGCAAUUACGAAGAAUUUUCUGCACGAUCGUGUGCUCAAUAUAUCAAAAAGGAAAAAUUGCCUGAAUAAAACCUUUUGCAAGAUCAUUCAAAUUUUAUACACAUACGUCUUCGGUAUUUCCUGCAAUAUGCACUGGAGGAGUGCUUGGAUCAUUUUCGACCACUUCUUCUUUUACGAUGUUUGGGUAACUGUAACCGCUACUUUGGUGCCAAUCAUAAUUUUGGCGAUCUUUCGAUCAAUUCGUAAUGUUAUAGCCAUCCCUUCGGUGGUCAACGUCGACAUACUCGCCUUCGUCUUUCGUUUUCCAACGAGGUAUAAGCUGGUAAGUUAAUUAAAAAUAUACUUAAAUAUAUCUCGUGAUAGGAUACACGAAAGAUCUAGCAAUCGUUACAAUGUGUACAAAGAAAAUAAAAAAGAUUGUAAUAGAUGACCAGUUAUGUAAAUAAAAAUCUUGAUGAGGAAUCCGAUUUCACGAUUUUUCUUGACACUUUGGGAAAUAUUUCAAUCGCUGUUAGAUACGGAUAUCGAUACAAGAGUCGAUGAGAAAAAUAAAUGUUCAUCAAGAGUUCUAUUUCACAGAUUGUAUAUCUCUUCACGAGAGGAGACCUUAUCAAUUGGUAAAGUGAUCGAACAAAAUCUGCGAUGCCGUAUCACUUAAGUAUGCAAUUCGUAUCGCAAUCGAUCGUCAAACGGUUCUAAAGCUGAAUUUUCAUUAGGAAUAUUCCGGGAAUAUCAUUCGUACGAUAAGAUUCGUGAAUUAUAAGAAUCAGAAAAAUACGUAUGAAUAAAACACGUAUUUUAAUUAUUCAAAUGUAUAAGAUGUCUUUGAUUAUUAUAUUAACGAUGAUAAAUGAUCUGAUCUGAUUCGAUUCGAUUAUCUACUGACCGAUCACAUAACGAUACAGAAAAAUAAGUCAUGAUAAUACGAAAUUUACUAUUAAAAAAAUUGUCCCACUUAUCGGGUUUGUAUUAAGCUUUGUAUCACAACGUACAAACUUUUAAUAUGGCGAAAGAAAGAUAUUAUUAGACUAUAAGAGUUAUCGUGUUAUCUGACAGGCACGUUAUCUAUUCAUUGACGCGUCUGAAUCGUGAAAAUCGUGUGCUUUCUUCGUAGAACGAAAGAAUUGCAAGAAAGAAUCUCAUAGGCUUGAAAUGGAGGAGUAAGACUUGUAAUAAUCGAGGCAAAAUAUUAUCAGCAUGAAAGUUAUUAAAUACUAUCGCUUAAUGUUCCCGUCCUAUUAACUUUAAACUGAUAUUUUACAACUUAACUAAACACGAAAGCAACGUUGGUUUUAACAUUAGACUCUGAUCUUUGUAGUUGAGAAUAUUGACAAUAUACGUUAUAAAUAUAUGUAUCGAUAGUCUGAGAGCACCCAUAGCGAUUUUUCACAAAACAAAGGAAGAAACAAGGAUCAAUUAACAGUUUGAAGAACAACAUUCUUACGUGUUACGUUCCAAGAGAAAAUAUAAUUCUGUCCAUUGAAUGAAACAAGAGAAAAAAUAAAAUAAGGCAGAGAACAAGAGCUAACUGGCAAUUUAAAAAAUAAGGAUCUUACUUGUGCAAUGACCAUUAAAAGCACGACGAUCCUAACGUAUCUCUGUGAUUCACAAUGGCGAUCAAUAUACAGAGUCGUAGGUGCCUGAGAUCCGAGUAGACGCUGGAAUAUUUUUUUCUCAACGUUCGACAAAAGGCUAUGACGAAGGAAAAAAAAUAACAUGACAGGUCAAGGUAGACGGUCGUAAUCCAAGCUUGAUUGGUGUACAAAAAGGUGCCGAUUAGCGAUGCGUUCGACAAAAGCCCGAUGAAACUGACAGACAGGAAACGCCACUCAGAAAAAUGAGGCUUCAAGGUGGUUCAGGGCUCUUCUCUUCGGCUACUAUCUUGUUUCUUAUCAGUUAACACCGGGUUUCCCGGAUUUGUUAAUUAGCGCCUGACUGUCGCGUAUACGUCGAUCACGAUUUACGUGACUGCCAUACUGUAGGCUGAUAAAGUACACCGGUUCAGGUUCAAUUAAAAUUUCCUCCUUGCUACCAGUCCGCGAUAUCGUCUGAUGACACUAACAGCCGCUAAUUGCCGUUCAAGAUACUUGGUCGAGGGAUAAACAUGUAUAUGAAAUGUUUUAGUAAAGCGUUAUUAAUAAUUACGAAUAGAAGGCGAGUAAAGUAAGACGAUCUUAAGUCGAUGCUUAAAUCGAAUGUCAUUUGAUUUAAAAAAUCAUAAAUGAUCUUCAAAUCACGUAGAAAAAAGGAAGAAGACUGGUUGAGGUGCUCUCAAUUUAUCUCAUAAUGGAGUGUACUCGUGUCUGCAUAGGGAGAGUCAUUAAGCAGCUCGUGUACUUGACAAACGAAUACUAAAUUGGACUCAGACAAUGAUCAGGCCAGAACUUUCUCGUUUUUCAUUUAAAAGACACUAUUUUCAAGCGUAUGAAAGUCUAGAGAGCAGUUGAAGAAACAUCAUCGUUGAUAAUUAUGUACAUAGUUUCUAACAUUUCCUUUGCAUUCUGAUCGCAGAUUAGGAUCGAAUAUAGUCACAAUGCAAGGGAUGAUCUAUGAUAUUCUAUAUCGCAUAACCUGGCAGAAUAUGAAUAGUUAGACAAUUACAGUCAAUACAUUUAUUUACGUUAAAUGCACGAUAUCCAAAAUAACGCAGGAUGAUAUCUGCGAUUACAAGGUAUUUGAUACGAUGCAAGGUAUUUAGUACCGUAUUUUUUCACCUUUGCGUUAUUUUUUACAUUUUCGUAAUCAUCAAUCUUCCCACUAGGAGACCUUGGAAAGGAAACGAUGCCUUUGAACUUUCUUAGAACUGGUCGAUGGUGGGUGUCGAAAGCUCGUACCCGCGUUCGUUCAUCAAGCGUGCACGUAGCUUUAGCGACCUAUGGGUGGGGGGUUGUGAGAGAGAUGGAGGAAGGAAGGGAAGAGAGCAGAGCAGAGCACCGUACUAUUCUCUAUGCCAUGGCCCGUGUGACGAAGCUGUUCAUGAUAAUGCGAUAGUGUUGGUCUGUGCUUAGCACUUGAUAAAAGAUAGCGGUGACUGAACAGAUGUCAGUACUCACCCGCAGCCCGACCUGUCGGUUGACGGUCUCACGUAUCUCGCCCCGUGUGCAUCCGUGCAUCAUCCACGGCGAAGUAUUACGCUCUUGCGAUUGCGAUCCUCGAGAAAGUGAACGAUAACACGAAAGCUUGGAGACGCAAGCGAGACGUUUUACGCGAACGAGAUUGUGGAGAAUCGAGAAUAUUGCCAAAAUUAUCGUUUCUUUUUUAUCAGUUACGAUAGGCAUCGAUCUUGGAAUAGACCAGGUGCAUUUCUGUGCGAUGUCAAAGUUUCUGGAAAUCUGAAAAUGUCGAGAGGAAACUACGACAUUUAUUUCGACUUUGUAUCUACUGUUCGAGAAAAUCGUUCCCUAGAGAAUUUCGUGCAAGCAACAAACGAAGCUUCUUCGAUAGGAUGAUCACUGCGAUCCAGAGACAGUAUUACUUUAAAAAGAUCCGCUGCAAAGCUUGAUCGUCAAGCCGGAAAUCGUCCAGCAGAAUCUCGACCAACCUCGAAUACUCGUGUAGUUAGAAGCAAUAAUGUGGAGUUAUGGCUAAGAUACUCGACUCGACCCGAGACGAAGGAUCAACAGUGAGAUUAAACCCGAACAUCGGU